UCCAGGAGUGAAGUGAGGUCGCUUCACUCCAACGACACAGUGUUUGACUCUCCUUGCGCACACAGACACCUGCGAGUGCCCUCUCUUCUCAGGAGGAUCGUGCAGCAACAAAAAGAAAAGAAAAGAAAAGGAGGAGCUCAAGCAGAUACAAGCCUCACCAAAGGUGUGCAGGAUUUGCACAAACAGACCCGAGACAUGGAGGAGAGAGAUUGUCCGUCUGGGAGUUAUUUUGUGCGCAGGGAGAUUCUGGAUGAGCUGCGUCUAGAUGAAGUGGCCCAAAAAGGGACUUGGUCCACUCAACCACCCCUGGGUGAACGGGUGAAGGAGUCCCUGAGGUGUUCAGUACCCAGGCUGAAGAACACCGUGCAGAGCUGGGUGCCUGUUCUUGAAUGGCUGCCUAAAUACUCCAUCAGAGAAAAUGCUGUGGGAGACCUGAUCUCUGGCUGCAGUGUGGGCAUCAUGCACCUGCCUCAGGGCAUGGCUUAUGCUCUUCUGGCUUCCUUACGGCCUGUGUUUGGCCUGUACACGUCUUUCUACCCCGUGCUGGUCUACUUCAUCUUUGGUACUUCCAGACACGUCUCCAUUGGUACGUUUGCCGUGAUAAGCAUCAUGAUUGGGAGUGUGACAGAAAGGCUGGCACCUGACAGUAACUUUAUCGUAAAUGGCACCAACAGCUCUGUGGACUUUGAUGCUCGGGACGCCUCCAGAGUACAGAUAGCAUGUUCCCUCACAGUCUUGACAGGAAUCUUACAGAUCUUUUUGGGUGUGAUCAGAUUUGGUUUCGUGGUCACCUACUUGUCUGAGCCACUGAUUCGUGGCUACACGACAGGAUCAGCGUGUCACGUGUGUGUGUCACAGCUCAAGUAUCUGUUUGGAGUCACGCCGGCUCGAUUCACCGGUCCUCUUUCCAUCAUCUAUACUAUGGUGGACAUUUGUCGCCUGCUGCCUCAGACUCAGGUGCCGGAGCUGGUCGUCAGCCUGGUGUCUCUCUUUGUUCUCAUCGUGGCCAAAGAAAUCAACGACUGCUACAAAAAGAAGCUGCCCAUUCCCAUCCCUAUAGAACUGAUAGUUAUCGUAGCAGCGACAAUCAUCAUCCACUUCUGUGAUCUAAGCACUAAACACAGCAUAGAUGUGGUUGGAAUGAUUCCCAGUGGGCUCAAUGCUCCCCAGGUUCCACAGGCCAGUUGGUUCUUAGAGGUGAUCGGUGACGCCUUUGCUUUGGCCAUUGUGGGCUAUGCCAUCAACAUUUCCCUUGGCAAGACAUUUGCUCUCAAAUAUGGCUACAAGGUGGACAGCAACCAGGAGCUGGUGGCUCUGGGUCUCAGUAACACCGUGGGCAGCUUUUUUCAGUGCUACUCUGUGACCUGCUCAUUGUCCCGCAGCCUGAUCCAAGAGAGCACAGGGGGCAAGACACAAGUUGCGGGAGUGAUUUCAUCCGUCAUUGUGCUGAUCACAGUUUUGAAAAUAGGUGCUCUCUUUGAAGACCUCCCCAAGGCCGUUUUAUCUACGAUAGUGUUUGUGAAUUUGAAGGGAAUGUUCAAACAGUUCAUGGACGUGCCAAUGCUCUGGAGGACCAACAAGGUUGAUCUGCUGGUGUGGCUGGUAACGUUUCUGUGCACCAUCCUGUUCAACUUAGACUUGGGUUUGGCCAUCUCCGUUGGCUUCUCCAUGCUCACCGUCAUCUUCAGAACGCAGCGACCCCGUUACUCUGUCUUAGGCCUGGUGUCAGGCACUGAGUUGUAUCUAGACACCGAGAGCUACAGGGAGGCUAAAGAGAUUCCAGGAAUCAAAAUCUUCCGUUCAUCUGCGACUAUCUACUAUACAAAUGCUGAGAUGUACUUGGAGGCCCUGCAAGAAAAGAGUGAAAUUGAUAUUGGGAAGCUGCUGACGGCAAAGAAGAAGCGAAAGGAGGAGCUGAAGCGCAAACAGGAGAAAGAGAAAAAGAAAGAGAACGCAGAGAAAAAAGCAGCCAGACACUUGACUGCACUAGACUACUUGAAAAAUGAAGAAAAAGCCUCUGAAGGACUGAAUGGACAGAGUCAAGUGAACGGCGCAGCCAUCUCCCUGACAGAAGCCUCUGCAAAUGGGCUCAGUAAAGGAAACAUUAACUGGGCUUACCAGCACGACACGACCAUGGUGGACUCAGACUCAGAAGCAGGUUUCCACGUUGAUGACAGCGUCAAGCAGGCAUCGCACCGUGGCGACGAGGAGAAGGGAAGGAGCAGUGGAAUAGGCACACACAGUAUCAUCCUGGACAUAUCGACCACCGGCUUUGUGGACACAGUGACGACGAACACGUUAAAAAAUAUCUUCAGGGACUUUGGGGAGGUUGACGUGGACGUUUAUCUCGCCGGCUGCCAAGCCUGUGUGGUGGAGCAGCUGGAAACUGCAGCUUUCUUCUCCGAGUUGAUCCCGAAGACCAAGUUGUUUGUCACGGUCCACGACGCGGUGAUUCACAUUCUCCAGAAGAAGCAGCAGAGGGACCUCAUGCUAGAUAUUUGCUGCAACACUCAGAUGUAACCAUCAGGGGUCAGACUUUCCCAGCUCUCACCACCUUCCUCCUUCUCCUCCUCUCUGGUUCCACUCCUCACCAUUGGUCUUCAUUGUCUCCUCCCCCUUUCAGUGGGGAAGAAUGCACCACCUUGACAUGGCGGCUGGUUGCCAUGGAAACACAGGGAGCUGCUGUUGCUGUGACAACAGGCUUUUUAUGGUAUCGCCUAAUGAGAUCGCAGGCAAUACGUCAUUGCAGCUCUGUCUCUCGCACUGUGGUGUGUGUGUGUGUGUGUGUGUGCGUGGGAGAAUGUAACAGACUAAAGAAGUCUUUAUUUAUAGCCUGUGUGACAUAGUAGAGAGAGAGAGUGAAAGGGGCAGACAGACAGAUGAUGUGUUUGUGUCCACCUGCUGUGGAUUAUUGAGACAAUUAAAAAGCCCUCACCCCAAAUCAAAGCCAAUGUCUGCCGGCCUGAAUCAAUAAAAUGUAAAUAUUAGUCAUGAACAGGGAAAGACUGUGCCCUCUGUGAGGGCUCCCUAAUCCUCACACUAACACCCAUUUUGCUCAGAACACCCACAAGAAAAGAGCUGAGCAGCAGAUAUGGUAUAAUCGGUACAGCUGUGUGGGUGUAUUUACAGUCAGCUGGGCUUUUUUCAUGCAUCUCAUUCUUCUGACAGCUCAUGCUUCCCUUUCCAUUUUUAGGCUCCAUUCUUAUCUGAUGUAUUAUAGCUGUUUUUGUAUUUGGUGAAGUGUCUGCAGUGUCAUACCUGUAUAUGCUACAUGUUUAUAUGUAUUUAAGGUCUUUGGACCACUUGUCCAAGUGUAUUCUGUUCAGCUGUUAAAAGUUUUUUGAUAUAUAUAUACACACAUACAUAUAUAUACACAAAUACAUAUAUACACACAUACAUACAUGCAUACAUACAUACAUAUACAUAUAUAUACACAACAUAUAUAACCCAAAGCUAUAUAUAUAUACAUACAUAUAUAUACACACACACAUAUAUACAUAUAUAUAUAUAUAUACACAUAUCUACAGUAUAUAUAUAUACACACACAUAUACAUGUUUAUAUAGCUUUGUGUUGGAAGCCCAUUAGUUCCGUGAAUUGGAAACAUUUGUGUCUUAAACAGAUAGUUCAGGUAAAUAGCUAACCUCAUGUAAUCUCUGCCCACUUUAGAAUAUGUUCAUCUUGCAAACGGCUGAAUCCAAAGCCCAUAAAGAAGAUUAAUGAUUUUAUAUCACGGCACACUGGAAAUGUGGAUCCACUGCUGCCUCCAUCAGCCGUGCAUACAUGUAUCCUGUUGGAAAAAGGCCAUAAUCAAACUGAUAAAAUACUUUUUGUUAAGUGGCUAAAAGGCUAAAAAUCUGUUUUUUCCCUUUCGUCCCCACUGGCAGUCGUGACCAGAAACAGAAGUAUGGCUUUUCCUCAUUCAGAUGUCAGAGCUUUCUGAAACAGUGGAAGAUCAGCACACGGGCACUCCUUUAUAAUGUGGGUCACUCCUACUUGACACAUGUGUUCACAAUCACAACAAUCAGCCUCCACCUGUUGGGAGGGAGCAAACAAUCACGUCAGAUUCAGUUGAAACAGAAUAGAUUUCUAAUGGGUGUGUACAGGCAAGGUUUUACCACCAGUCUACAUGUCAUAACUACAUUUUAAGUCAUAGAGAAGUCAAUAUUUGAGGAAAAUGCAGAAAAUAUCAAGGUUUGAUGUUCUAAAAUCAAAAUGAAGCCACAACAAAAUCGAAUAACUGUUUUAACAUUUAUCACAGAAGACUCAAAAGGAAUUGUUUCAUUCUGUUACGUUUCUCUUAUUCCUUAAACCAUACAGAAUGGCAAUUAAAGCUUAUCUUGCUUACUUUAUUGCACAUUCAGCCUUCACAGUACAUUUAGCUCUAGCCAGCCUCAUUCCUUCACUCACGGUGUCACACUCUAAACGCUCCCCGGAACAACAUCAGCUAGGAGCAACAAUUCUAUUGUUACAUCUUUUCUUUUUUACUUGAAGUGAAGUCCCUUACUCAACAUAACACUUUAAUACAGUGCUGUUAACCAUAUUAAAUGCAUAACAAAUGACCUUGAAGGCACAACAUCAGUUAGGAAAUAACUUCAAAUGUAAACACUCAAAAUGUUCAACCAAAAUCACCCUAUCUGGACUAAAGUGUCACUUAAAUUGUCCGCCUGUGCCAUUCUCCAGACUUUCUGUGAAACAAAGGACUGAACUCUCACACUGUUACCUUCCUUGGAGAGUCCAUAUCCUUCGCUGUGCGGUCAUAGUAUUUUUUCUGUGUCUGUCUGUUGUCUAUCAGUCCUUGUGUGUUGUUUGUUACUUCCGGCUCCAACAAUGUGUCUGUGGUAGGAAGAAGGCUCCUUGUCCUCCUGCUCAGCAGUCUCUGUGCUGGGCUUGUGUUGAGACCUUGGCUUGGUGUGUUGCAAUGGUCCAAUAUAGCCAAGACUGACUGGACAGGGACCAAAAAAUGGCCCUGGCAUUUUUGGCCAUGGCAGCCCACCAUGAUUAUUCAUAUGAUAUGCGGAGGCCUACGUGUAGUCCUGUCCACCAUGGUCAACAGGCAAGUGAAACCAUGAGAGGAGGGCAGAGGGCCAACCAGAUCCAUGUUUACAUGAUCAAACCAUCAAUCUGACACCGGGAACAACUCCAAUGGGGCCUUAGUGUGACGGUGUACUUUGGCCCCGACAAGUAUUAGCCCAGUCUCUAACGUCCUUUUUGAGGCCGUGCCACACGAACUUCGCUGUCACCAGUUUCUGUGACGUUUUCGAACCAGGGUGGGAAAGACCAUGGAUGGCAUCAAAAACUUGUGGUCGCCAUCCUGCUGGAACGAUUGGCCGAAGACUGCCCAUGGAAACGUCACACAGGAGUGUGGUGCCGACGUCACCAAAAACCACGUCCUCUAUUUUCACACCCGUAGUCGAGGUCCUCAGGAGCUGCAAAUCCUGGUCCAUGGCCUGGCCUGCUGCCAUGUGGCUGUAAUCCAAGCCAAAGUGGACUGCUCCAUCCACAGCCCGUGACCGGCAGUCUGCCACCGGGUUGUCUUUAACGGCCACGUGUCAUAGGUCUGUGGUGAACUCCGAAAUGUAGGACAGGUGAAGUUGCUGGCGGGCGGACCACGGCUCAGCCACCUUGGCCAUGGCAAAAGUGAGUGGCUUGUGAUCGAUGAAAGCAGUGAAAUGGCGACCUUCCAGCAGGGUGCGAAAGUGUCUGAUGGGUAAAGACCAAGCAGCUCUCGAUCAAAAGUUCUGUACUUCCGCUCACUGUCGCGCAGUUGACGGCUGAAGAAGGCAAGCGGCUGCCAGGCCCCGCCUACCCACUGCUCGUAGAUGGCACCGACAGCGUAGUCAGGUGAUGGCGAUUGGGGCUGAGGGAGACGGAUGGGCCAGCAUGCUGGCGUUCGCCAGGGCGGCCUUGGUGUCAGCAAAGGCCUUUUCUCUCUCCUCAGUCCAGUCCACAGCGUGUGUGGGGCUACCUUUCAAGGCCUUGUACAAUAGGCGCAUGUGUUGAGUGGCCCGAGGGAUGAAACGGUGGUAAAAGUUUACCAUGCCAAGGAACUCCUGCAGAGCUUUGACAGUGAGCGGGUGUGGAAAAUGUGUGACCGCUUCCACCCUUGAUGGGAGCGGGACCGCACCGUCUUUGGUGACUCUGUGCCCCAGGAAAACAAUGGUGGAGACCCCAAAUUGGCACUUGGCGGGGUUGACAAUUAGUCCAUGUUGACUGAGCCGCUCGAAAAGCACUUGGAGGUGCACCAGGUGCUGGGAUUUGGAGGCGCUCGCCACCAGGAUAUCGUCCAGACGGGAUGCAGGCAGGACACUCCUCUGUGCUCCCGUGUCGCACAGGAAACAUCGUCCGGAGAUACUGUCCCAAAUAAAAAGCAGCCUGUCUGUGCGGCCGACACUCAUGGCCACUACGGAGUGCCGGCCCUGGCGUUUCCCAAGCCGCCAAAACUACAUGGUGAACGGCAUUUAAGAGCCUUCGGUCCAAACCUUGCAUGAAGACACAAGUCUGAAGACUGCUGGGGGCUUGAAGACUUCUGCUGACUUGAAGAAGGCAGCCAACGAGAAGAGGCUGCAGCGACGAGCAUGGAAUCCACCUCAGGAGCGAUGUGCGCGGGAAGCACAUCGCUCUAUGACAGGAGGAGAAGUCAACAGCACAAUAAAAAACACAUUUACAAGAGGAGAAAAUGUUCGUUUUACAACGUUAAAACGCAACACACAUUCACAGACAAAUGCAAAAUGUCGUAUCAAUCAAACACAACACAUCUGAAACAAAUGUGAAAUAUCAUUAGCAACAAAAAUAACAUUUAAACAUGACAACUGAAAAAAAUUACUGAAAAAACAAACUCACAAAUAUCACAGUAACGUUAAGUUAAUUUCAACAAAAGUUGGCAAGUUGUACAUUUAGUUUGAAAGAACUUCAUUCAUUUAGCUUUUUAAUUUAGGUUUAGGUUUCGCAGACGACACAUUCGCACAAGCACACUUUGCAUCGCUGUAAUUACUAUCGGAAAAAUUCCGACGAUUUCUGAAAGCUGAGAAGUUACACAUCAAAGCCAAUAAGCAUCUUUGUCGCCAGAAAGUGGGAAAGACGCCUGUACAUGGUUUCCAUUCUUUGUCCUGUUUUUGGAUAUUAAGACAAAAAUUCACAUUUUUUUGAUUGGUUUUAUACUGUUCAAAUUUUAAAGUUAACACACAAUCUAAACAACAGUGUUUUUUUCUCAAUACAAUUUUUGUUUUUCUUGAUUUAAAUUGCUAAUACACUAUUUAAACAUGUAGUAAAUUGUAAAUAACUGCCAGAUUUUGAAAGUUAUUCUGGAAAAAUGGACAAAAAAACUUAGUUACAAGACAUUUUCUGGCCCUUUUAUGGUUAAAAUAAGAAGUCCAGAUUAACAUUUUGAGGCUUAGGUGAAAAAGGGUUAAGACAUCAAAUGUGAGUGAUGUGUACAUGAUUCAAAAGAUUUCAUCAGAAAAGUUUAAAAAGUGCAAUGAAAAGCUGUGCUGUAGGUGUGAAGUAUUUAAUGAAGUUUAUUUACUAGUGUAGUUGAGGCUAAAAUGAAAAUAAAUGGAAGACAAAUGCAGCUACAUUUAUUACAACAGUAACCCUGACCCUGUAAGGCCUGUGGUUUUAAAUUCAAGAUUUCAUCUGAGGUGAAUGAAAUAAAGUGACAAAAAUUGUAUUCUGACAUACGGGCUCUUGUGCUUUAAGUUGAAAGCCUUGUCUCACUCACACAAUCUGAGAAAACACAAGAUAAAAGUCCAAUCAAUAGCGAGAGUCAUUAUGACCGAGAUUCUUUUCAAAGUAAAUUAUUUAAAGGAAUGUGACCGAUGAAUUUGAUGUGAAGAGAUUGCAGAGUUCAAAGGUGAGUGGGUUUUUGUUGGCCAAGUUUUGAAGUUAAAGUGAUUCACUGAGGUCAAUCUGGAGAACAUAAGAGGCGACGCACAUAUUUACAUACUGAUUACAAUACUGCAUUCAUGGCAUCAGCUUAUUAUCACUUCAUCCGCUUGUUUUGAACCCUCAUAUAAUUGGAUGAUUGAGCUGUGCAGAUUAAUUUGAUGUAU